CUGUGACUACUUCGAAAACUUAACGGUGCUGAGUUCAAUGCAGUUUACACACUACACACCCGGAAUCAUCCCAUACAACAGUGCUGGUGCCGCCGUGGAUACCUUGCAGAUCUUCUCCAUGAAACUCAAACUCACAGAUGACAUUGCUGGUGGUUUUGAGUUGCCAUUGUCUGUGUACGGCGUAGUUGCUGUCCGAGACACUGUGGAUUUCAGCCGAAACAUUCUCUUCUCUUGCGAUAGGACCAUGGCCCAAGAACUGACACAGGAUGAUCCUUUUCUGCACUUGACUGGUCCGUCCCGUGCGGUCGUGUCCAUAGACACGGUGUACUUUGAGAUCCAACUGAAAGUAAAAGGUGCAGCAGACUCUCAAGACAACUCGUUGAUCACUUGUGCACGUGGUUACACCGGAGGAUGUGGUUCUGGCGUAUCAACCCUGUGCUUCAAGAACAUCUUCUGCACGCUAGAGUUGUGCUUGCAGCCAGUUAAACGAACGGUCCAGGCCACUAUCUUGACUGUCCAGAUUGUCAAGAAGAAAGAGUUAUGGCCUUUAAAUUUUGCAUAUGGCGGACUGGUUGCUUGCACCCCACUACCAAGGACGACAAUGGUGGCUGCUGAUAGUGGAGUCUCAUCCAACCAAAUUGUGCUGAUUGAGUCGAAAGGUAGACCAAUGCCGAAAGGUGUUAAUGGGCAUGUACAUCUGUGGCGGCAAGUUGUUUCUGUAGAACGUGGAGGAGGUUUGGACGUUGUCAUACAAGCCUACUCCAAAUCUGGUGAUGUCCAUGUAGAAGGUCGUGUCCAUUUCACGUCCCAAACUUGCUCUGUAAGCCAGCAGGAAUGUGUUGUUGGUGAAGCUCAGGUAACCGUCGCUGUUGCUUGGUCCCUUGUUCCCAACGACAUGGACGAUGUGGUGUCGUUUCAGGCAUACAGAGGUUGGGUAGUUGGAAAACCUGAAGACUUCGUGACAGAAGUUGGGAAAGCAGAAGCUCCUGUGACAGAAGCUGGGAAAGCCGAAGAAAUUUUGAAAGCUGAAGAAUCUGACCAAGAGGCGAGGACGGCGAAGGUAAAGAAGAUACAAGAGAGCAUGACAAUGACAAAGGCCUUCCUCUACAGCCAAGAUAAGUUGCCAACGAAGAAGAAGGCCAAGGCGAAGGAUGAAGAAUCAGCGGAUUCCAGUUCCACCAAUUCAAUGACCAUCCAAGAUAACUAUCUCGGCAAAGGUAAAUCAGCAUUGGCUAAGAAGACGGCAGAUGAGGAGGCGGUGGAUUACGCUUGGUACCGUCUAGGCUGGGAAUCUAAUUGUUGCAAAAACUGUGAUCACUUCGAAAACUUAACGGUGCUGAGUUCAAUGCUGUUUACACACUACACACCUGGAAUCAUCCCAUACAAUAGUGCCGGCGCCGCCGUGAAUACCUUGCAGAUCUUCUCCAUGCAACUGAAACUCACAGACGACAUUGCUGGUAGUUUUGAGUUGCCAUUGUCUGUGUAUGGUGUGGUUGCCGUCCGAGACACCCUGGAUUCCAGGCGAAACAUUCUCUUCUCUUGUGAUAGGACCAUGGCCCAAGAACUGACACAGGAUGAUCCUUUUCUGCACUUGACUGGUCCGUCCCGUGCGAUCGUGUCCAUGGAUACGGUCUAUUUUGAGAUCGAACUGAAAGUGAAAGGUGCAGCAGACUCUCAAGACAAAUCGUUGAUCACUUGUGCGCAGGGUUACACCGGAGGAUGCGGUCCUGGCAUAUCAACCCUGUGCUUCAAGAACGUUUUCUGUACGCUAGAGUUGUGCUCGCAGCCAGUUAAACGAACGGUCCAGGCCACUAUUUUGAGCAUCCAGAUUGUCAAGAAGAAAGAGCUAUGGCCAUUAAGUUUUGCAUAUGGCGGCCUGGUUGCUUGCACCCCACUACCAAGGGCGACAAUGGUGGCAGCUGAGUGUGGAGUCUCAUCCAACCAGAUUGUUCUGAUUGAGUCGAGAGGUAAACCAAUGCCGAAAGGUGCUCGUGGGUACGCACAUCUGUGGAGGCAAGUUGUUUCUGUAGAACAUGAAGGAGGGCUGGACGUUGUCAUACAAGCCUACUCCAAAUCUGGUGAUGUCCAUGCAGAAGGUCGUGUCCAUUUCACGGCCCAAAAUUGCUACUUAAGCCAGGAGGAAUGUAUUGUUGGUGAAGCUCAGGUAACUGUUGCUGUUGCUUGGUCCCUUGUUCCCGACGACAUGGACGAUGUGGUGUCUGCAGACUAGUUGUUUGAAGCUUGCGGCCAGGAGAUUUCAAUCAGUGUGAUGUCCGCAGCAUAUGUUGUGCUGCUGAUUACUUCGCACGACUAAAUUGUCUGAGUAACUGAGUUAGCUUACUUGCUUAUUUUAGUUUACGAAAAGCUUGCUUCUUUUCGCACGUGGUGGAUCCCAGUCCAUCCACAUAUAACAUACGAACCAUGGGUUCCACUUGGGUUGCCACAUUGUCUGGCUAUUCUUCU